CUGAUUGGAAAUCCUUUGCAAUGCUCCAAUCUUUUUGUUCAAAUGCCCCUCUCUGGUUGUAAGAUGACAACAGGGCACAAUUCAUGUGAAGUAAUCGGAUCGCCAGAAACAGCAGAAAGCGAUGUCGAAACUGAAUCUAGUGAUCAUAGAAUCAUUCUUGUUUCAUCUUCCACUUCAUCAUCCUCGUCUGAAUCUUCGUCAUCUGCUUCCUUUAUUUCAUCUGACGCUUCGCUGUACUCGAUGCGCUAUACAGGUACCGGCUCUAUUGCCUCAGGACAAGCUCGCAACAAUUCGCACAACGAAUCCUUGCCGAUUGUCUUUCCGCCUGAUAUUUUUCUUCUGUCCCUUCCUGACGGUCAUAAGGAUCUGCAUCUUCCUCCGGCUAUCUGCAGUCCUGGACACACCCACGAGGGUCGGGUAUAUGCUGACUCCGAAAUUCCACUUGGUGUAGAUGCUCUCUUUACCUGUUUAUUUACAGACUCUACCUUCUUCGACCGCUUUUGCGAGACACGUGGCACUUUUGAUUUGGUUCAGGCUGACUGGCCACAGCUUUCCCACUGGCCAAUCGCUUCCUCCAGUGCUUGUUCUACGGGUCUCUUGGAAGAAACUUCAGAGAUUGGUGCGCUUGCUGACCAGCCUUCUUCUUCCGCUUUGAGUCAGGACAUUCCCAAACAGAAGCCUUCCGAAUACGCUUCCUCGCAUUUGGGCCAAGCCGAGGUUCAUAUCCUGCGGAGAACUAUAUCAUAUACUCUUCGGCUUAAGCAGAAGAUUGGACCAAGAACAUGCUCUGCAGUUGAAGAGCAAAUAUUUAUUUACACGCUACUGGCAAACUCCAAGCGCCCUCUUAUUCUUCCUGUUAAAUCUGUACAGACUCUACUGAUAUCUGAGUCUCAGCCUGGCAUACGUUACGCGCUCGAUGCUAAGGUAACUAACGAAGCAGUUCCACUAUGCAACUGUUUCCAUGUCAUCUCACGCUACUGCCUCUUGCAUGUGUCUCACUCGCCGGCUCUAUCGCGCUUCACAGUGUCCUCUCGAGUCGUAUAUGAUAAACCAGUGUUCUUUGGUGCCAAGUCAAUCAUUGAGACGACCUGCAAAGCCAACCUCACAGAGUACUUUGCCGAGCUGGCCAGUCGGCUGGUGGAGGAAGCCAGCCGACUGGCGCCUGAGCAGCGACUU